AGAGACAGAUGAUUUAAGUGAGACGCUGGGUGCUCAGUGGUGAGGACGCACUUUGGAUUUCCUCCGUCUGCUUCCCCCCCCUCCAUCUUUCCCUGUCUAAGUGCUCCUGUCCUGUCUUUUUUCUGUUUGUCUAUUGAACGACGUGGCCCAGCUAUGACAGCGCCGGCGAGCUGCUCCAGCGGUUUGGAGGUCCUCCUCUCAGCCCUGCAGAAUGGAGGGGAUGUGGAGAGCACCUUAAAUAUCCUCAAUGUCUUGGAUGAACUUCUGUCUGCUGGUACAGAUCGUCGUAUCCACUACAUGAUCAGUAAAGGUGGCAGCGAGGCUUUGCUCAUAGCACUGGUCAAAGCCGGCCGCAGCUUCAGUCCCAACUACACCAUCGUGCUUCCACUGCUGCACCUGCUGGCUAAAGUGGGACACAGAGACCGCCGUAUAGGUGUGAAGGCAGAGGAGGCUGGAGCUGUGCUGCUCACUCUCAAUCUGCUCCGACAGAACGCCCAGCACGGCAGCAGGGCCGCAGCCUGUCUCUGGGCCAUCCAAGUCUUCUGUUCAUCAGUUUCUACAGCCAACCUUAUUGGAGCAAACCAAGGACUGGAUGUCAUCUACUGCCUCAUCCCUCAGUGUAGCCCCAAACAUCUGCCCACCAUCAAGGCAGCCAUUGAUGCCUUUGCUGCUCUGCUUUGCACAAAGGCUAAUGUUAGCUCGGUGGUGUCCAAGGGUUACGUCUCGGGCCUCUUGCGGCUUUAUGAGGACUGGCACAGCAAAGGAAGUGAACACGUAGCAAUCCGCCAUGCCCUGCUUUGCUGCCUCCAUAAGGUCACUCACAGUACUGCAGGCAGGCAGGCCGUCCUGUGCCAUGGAGGCAUCAGACUGCUGUAUGAAACCACACAGACGUGUUUGCUGAGUAAAGGUCUGGAGUCUCUGGUGGAGCUCUCUGUGCAGCUGAUGAGGAAGUGUCUUCCUAAAACUCCUCUUCCUCUGACAUCAGAUCAGUCUGCGUACACCUUCCCCCUGCCUGGAGGACCACAUGCUGUCCCUCAGAUGGAUGCAGAACCAGAUGAGAGCAGUGACGAGAGUGACGAUGAUGAAGAAAAGCCAGAGGCAGACUAUGAUGACGAUUUGGAGACAGACCUGAACAAACUUCGUCUUCGUCCCGAAUUAGACAGACCCAAAGAGCUGCUGCCCCAGUACAGCCGCCUCUGUCCUGAACUCUCACAUGACUUCCAGGAGCUGGAUUUGAGCUCCGAGCCAGACGAGAGUUCAACAGCAUCAUCAUCGUCUUCUUCUUCAGAUGAGGAAGCCGGGCGGCUCAACAGUUUCCCUUUCCACCGCUCCAGGCGGGACAGGAGGAGGAGUACUGCCCCCAGUGACUCUGAGACAGAAGCAAAGGGACACACAGCAGCUGUUAGCCAGUUAGAGGCCCGGGACUUCCACAGUCACAGCAGCAUCCUCAGCACCAGCCCCCGCUUCAGGACCAUGGUUAGAGAGGCCAGGGGAGAAGCCCCCCCAGGUCCGAGAGGGGGUGAGCAGGAUGAUGAGGAGGUGGAUGCAGAAGAAUCCCAUCAUCGUACCAUGAUAGACAGGUUAUUGGAGAGACAUGGAGCCUGUAUCCCCCACCAUGACCCCAGGCUGUACCGCGCUGCAGCCGCCAAAACCACAUCCAUUCCUGGGUUCAGCAUCCUGGCUUUCCCUGAUUUCUGGGGACACCUCCCACCGCUGGGACAUGAACCCAUGGCCCCUCGCAAACCCAACAUACAGAGGCAGAAAGUGUUUGAAGAUGUCCGGCGUUUCGUGAAUGCUGAUGACAUCAUCAACCAGGUAGUGUUUGACCUGGAAGACAGCAGUCUCCAGUGUCCGUCUGAUUCCUUGAGGUUUUUCUCAAAGUUUGAGUGUGGGAACCUAAGGAAGGCUAUUCAGGUCCGAAGAUAUGAAUAUGACCUGAUAUUGAAUGCAGAUGCUAACUGUAACCAGCAUGCCCAGUGGUUCUACUUUGAAGUCAGUAACAUGGUGGCAGACGUCCCCUACCGUUUUAAUGUCAUCAACUGUGAGAAGAGCAACAGCCAGUUCAACUAUGGAAUGCAGCCAGUGCUGUACUCGGUAAGGGAAGCUCUGGAAGGUAGACCCCACUGGCUCAGGACCGGGACUGAAAUUUGUUACUUCAGAAACCACUUUUGUCCAGCUCGGGGCAGAAAGAGAACAACAUUUUAUACUCUAACCUUCACCAUCACCUUCAAACACAAUGAGGACGUCUGCUACAUGGCCUACCAUUAUCCCCACACAUACUCUGCUCUGAAGGCUCAUCUGAGGGGGCUGCAGAAAUCCGUGGACCCUGCCAAGGUGUUUUUCCAGCAGCAGAAUCUUUGUGGCACUUUGGCUGGAAAUUGGUGUCCAGUAGUCACCAUCACAGCCUGUCCUGCCAGCAGGGGCUGGAGAGACAUGCACCAGCUCCGGAAUCGUCCCUGUAUCGUGCUAACAGGCCGCGUCCAUCCCGGUGAGUCCAAUGCCAGCUGGAUGAUGAAGGGCACCUUGGAGUUCCUCUGCAGCAGUGACCCGGUGGCCCAGAGUCUGAGGGAGGCCUUUGUUUUCAAGCUCAUCCCCAUGCUCAACCCAGAUGGAGUCAUCAAUGGCACGAAUCGCUGUGAUCUCAACGGUGAGGAUCUGAACCGCCAGUGGUGCAAACCAGACCCAGUCCUCAGUCCCACCAUCUACCAUGCCAAGGGCUUCCUCUACUACCUCAACAGCAUCGGUCGGACCCCACUGGUGUUCUGCGACUUCCACGGCCACUCGAGGAAGAAGAACGUCUUCCUGUACGGCUGCAGUGUGAAAGAGACUCUGUGGCAGUCUGGCUCUGUUGUUAACACUGCGGGGCUGAAGGAGGACCCUGGAUACAGGACCAUUCCAAAGACGUUGGAUCGUCUCGCUCCCGCCUUUUCUUUCAAUAGCUGCAACUAUUUGGUGGAGAAGUCCCGCUCUGCCACAGCCAGGGUGGUGGUGUGGAGGGAAAUGGGCGUGCUGAGAAGUUAUACCAUGGAGAGUACUCACAAUGGCUGCGACCAGGGAAUAUACAAGGGCCUGCAGAUCGGAACCAGAGAGCUGGAGGAGAUGGGUGUAAAGUUCUGUCACAGUCUGCUGUCUCUAACCAAAGACAUGAAGGCUCUCUACAGCAGAAGAAUCAGCCAUAUCAACGUGUUGGACCACAAGUCCCACAACUGUUUUGAAGACGAUGAGCCUCCAUGUGUCGAGGAGAUUGAGUAUUCCACAGACUGCCCCGCGCUCAAAGGCACUGAUCUGGAUUCAGAUGUCAACAGCAAUAUGGCCAGUAGUGAUGAAGAGGACGAGGGGGAGGAAGGACACAGGAGAGAAAGACAUGGACGAGGCGGCGUGGGCCAGUCGCAGCAGUCGAGCAUGAAGAGCCGUCUCUUCCCUCACCUGAUGAGACAGGCCUCCAACGAGGCCCUCAGCUAGAGGAGACGCAGUGUGAGCGUCAGUGGACAAAUGAUAAAUUAAAGGAAUAUUUCGACAUUUCUCUACAGUUAUUCUCUAAAAAGUCUUUCCUUUGU